AUGGUAUCUAAUUUUCUUGUUGAACAUCCGAGUGGACCCUUUUUUGAACUUAGUGAAGAUGAAUGGAAACAAGCGGUUGCAAAAUAUAAAAAAUUAACCGUCGAUAGUGAUGUUGACUAUCUCAGUCGAACAGCAACAGCUAGUAUCAAUAUCGGAACAGACGCUUAUUUUGAUAAUGAUACAAUUUUAAAUUUACGUGGAAAAUUACCGUAUAAAGUUAAACUAGCGGAAAUUCAUGAAAAACUUGCAAAACAUCCAGCUUUUCGGAAGGUUACAAAACUAGAGAUGUUGGCGAGGAAAUACAAUAUGAAGAUUAUAUACUGUCCUAAAUAUCAUUGUGAACUAAAUGUAAUUUAA